AUGGUGCACAAGCUGCCCUUUCACGCCGACCAGAUCGGCUCCCUGAUCCGGCCGGCAGCACUCUCGGACGCGCAAAAAGCCGCGGACGCUGGGACCGGCUCGCCCGCGCAACUCCGGGACGCCCAGCGAGCCGCCAUCGCCGACGUCGUGGCAAAGCAGCGGUCCCAGGGGAUCCGCGCCCUGUCCUCCGGCGAAUACGACCGCAAGUACUACUUCUCCGGGUUUUUCGAGAAGCUCGCGGGCUUUCGGGAGGUCAGCCCCGUGCCGUGGGACCUGGCCCGGCCGUCGGCGCCGCCGGUCGCGGCGCUCCGCAGGGCCGGCCAGCCGUACCCGAUGGCGGCCGUGUGCCACGGCAAGAUCCGCCACGAGACGAGCCCGUACCUGGAAAACUGGAAGCUCCUGCGGGACGCGGUGCCCGGCGACCUCUGGGCCGAGUGCAAGUUCACCAUGCCGCCCCCGUGCUACUUCCAUCUCCGCCUGGCGCCCGGCAAGGCGUACAGCCCGGACGCCUACGCCGACGACGACGCCUUCUUCGCCGACCUGGCGAGGGCUUACCGGAAGGAGAUCCGGACCCUGUACGAUGCCGGCCUGCGCAACCUGCAGAUCGACGACCCCACCCUGGCCUACUUCUGCUCCGACGACAUGGUCGAGUCGCUCCGGGCGGAGGGCGUCGACCCAGACGGCCUGUUUGACCUGUACAUGAAGGCGCACAACGCCUGCAUCGCAGACAGGCCCGCCGACAUGCAUGUCGGCCUGCACGUGUGCCGAGGCAACUUUUCAAAGUCGGUGCACUUUAGCGAGGGCUCGUACGAAAGGAUUGCCCGGCGGUUCUUCACCACCCUCGACUACGACACCUUCUUCCUCGAGUACGACAACCCCCGCUCGGGAGGCUUCGAGCCCCUGCGCUUCCUGCCGCGGGACAGGAACGUGGUGCUGGGCGUCGUCACGACCAAGGACGCCGAGCUGGAGGACGUCGGCGCCGUCAAGAGGCGGGUGAUGGAGGCCGCCGGCAUCAUUGCGCAGGGCCAGGGCCGCGAGGUCGGCCAGGUCAUGGCCAACGUUGGAAUCAGCCCGCAGUGCGGGUUUGCCAGCGUGUCGGUCGGCGCAGACGGCAUGACGGAGCAAAAGAUGUUUGACAAGCUGCGGCUGGUCAGGGACGUUGCAAGGGAGCUGUGGCCGCAGUAG